AUGACGGGAAAAGCAGGGGAAGCGCUGAGCAAGCCCAAAGCCGAGACAGUGGCCAAGGGUACCUCGGGGGGCGCCCCGGCCAGGUGCACCGGUUUCGGCAUCCAGGAGAUCCUGGGCUUAAACAAGGAGCCUCCCAGCUGUCACCAGCGGGCCCCGCUCGACGGCCUGGCUCCCGGGCACUUGCUGGCGGCGCGCUCUGUGCUCAGCCCUGCAGGAGUGGGCGGCAUGGGGCUGCUGGGGCCCGGGGGACUCCCUGGCUUCUACGCGCAGCCCACUUUCCUGGAAGUGCUGUCUGACCCGCAAAGCGUCCAUUUGCAGCCGCUGGGCAGAGCUUCUGGGCCGCUGGACACCAGCCAGACGGCCAGCUCGGAUUCUGAAGAUGUUUCCUCCAGCGACCGAAAAAUGUCCAAGUCGGCUUUAAACCAGACCAAAAAGCGGAAGAAGCGGAGACACAGGACAAUCUUUACCUCCUACCAGCUAGAGGAGCUGGAGAAGGCAUUCAACGAGGCCCACUACCCAGAUGUCUAUGCCCGGGAGAUGCUAGCCAUGAAAACGGAGCUGCCAGAGGACAGGAUACAGGUCUGGUUCCAGAACCGCAGAGCCAAGUGGAGGAAGAGGGAGAAGUGCUGGGGCCGUAGCAGUGUCAUGGCGGAGUAUGGGCUCUACGGUGCCAUGGUGAGGCACUCCAUCCCCCUACCAGAGUCCAUCCUUAAGUCUGCCAAGGAUGGCAUCAUGGACUCCUGUGCCCCAUGGCUACUGGGGAUGCACAAAAAGUCGCUGGAGGCAGCAGCUGAGUCGGGGAGGAAGCCCGAGGUGGAGCGCCAGGCCCUGCCCAAGCUCGACAAGAUGGAGCAGGAGGAGCGGGGCCCCGACCCUCAGGUGGCCAUCUCCCAGGAGGAACUGAGGGAGAACAGCAUUGCGGCACUCCGAGCCAAAGCUCAGGAGCACAGCACCAAAGUGCUGGGGACUGUGUCUGGGCCAGACAGCCUGGGCCGGAAUGCCGAGAAGCCUGAAGAGGAGGUGGCCAUGGAAGACAGGCCCAUGGAAAAGCUGAGUCCACCACAGCUCGAGGACAUGGCUUAGGUCAAGAGGCACUCAGACUCAGAGGCCCAGGACCCUGUUCUUCUUGGGGCCUAGGGUGCUGGGAGGUAUUCUCCAGGGCAGGGUCCAGGCCUGGUCUCUGCCGCCCUCCCCUAGCCCCA